AUGUCCGCCCUUGCGGCUGAAUCCUGGACCUGGUUCGCCUUGUGUCUCUUCAUAGUCGGCUGCCGGCUGGUGUCGCGCAUUCUCCUCCUGGGCUCGCCCCGCCAGCUCCAAGCAGACGAUGGCUUGAUACUGGUUGCCAUGGGCACCUACACGGCGCUGAUUGUCUGCAUCAACACCGUCGCCAGAAGCAGCAGCAACCUCAUCAACCCCGCCGACGGGCCCAUACAGUUCACCCCGGACGUAGUGGAGCAGCGGUCCUUUGGCAGCAAGAUGGUCGUCGUGUCCGAGCAGAUGCAGCUCAUCACCAUCUGGCUGAUCAAAGGCUGCUUGCUGAUCAUGUACGGCCGCCUGACGACGAGCACCAAGCAGAGCCUGGCCGUCAAGCUCGUUGCUGCCUACGUCGUCAUUGGCUUCAUAGUCAUGGAGAUCCUUUACCUUGGAGUGUGGUGCCGGCCGUUCGACCAGUACUGGGCCGUUCCGACAUCCAACGUCCAGUGCUCCGCAGCGACCAACCACCUGAUAAUCAACGCCAUCCUCAACAUCUCGUCGGACAUCUUCAUCAUGGCCAUCCCGAUGCCCAUCUUCCUAGCAGCCCGGCUCCCGCUCAAGAGGAAAAUCAUCCUCUGCGGUGUCUUUGGCCUGGGUACCUUCAGUAUCCUGUCGGCCAUCUUGAACAAGUUCUACAGCUUCACUGAGCCGUUCGGCUCUGCAUGGGUGUUUUGGUAUGUCCGUGAAUCCUCGACUGCAAUCCUGACGGCGAACAUCCCCUUCACCUGGACACUUCUCCAGCGCACCUUCAACAUCGGCUCCUUCGCCGGCUCUUCCCGUGGACGGUCCCGCACCACAUACCACCAGUUCAAUCAUUCCCACAGCACCAAAAACGCCACCAUGUCCCGCAAGGCGACCCGCCCGGACGACCUGGAGAGGAACGAGAGCCAGGAACAGAUUGUGCCGCUGGAAAUCUGGCAGAACGUGCAGCUCAGCGUGCAGACCAGCGCCGCCGUCGACGACAAGAAACCCACCGCAACAGUCACCGAGACCGGAGCCGAGUCCAUCAGCGAUGCCAAAAGCGACACGAGCAAGGGAAGCAACAGUGACGAUCUCGGCGUUCCCAACCCAGGCGCAGCCCGGGUGACGACCACGUGUGUCCACGGGCCUGAAUGA